AUGUCGUACGACUGUUUCUGCGCCAUCUGUGGCGGUCCCAACAUCAUGGUGCACAUUUCGACCAUGCCGCGCUCAGAGUAUUUCCAGCGGCGACUCGAGAGGACCAUGGCCGAGCGCAAAGCCCAGAAUAUUCCAGAUCAUGAGCAUAUGUAUUUGGUUGAGGUCGAGAACCCACCUUCUCCUGUCCCGCGCGAUGGCGAAGGACACGAGGAGGAGAACACCUACGACCGCGAUAUUGUGACCGAGGAGGAUAUUGCAUGGACCAAAACCUUUUACGCGCUCGCGAUCCGCACGCACCCGGAUGAAGCGCAUCAGCCCAAGCGGCCAUUUAUUGCAGGCCCGGGUAAGUAUUCCGACCAAGGAGAUGUUCACAUGGACGAUCCAUGGGGAGCGUUCACUUGCUACAACGAGAACCAUGACGGGCCCAUCUGCUUCCCAUUUCACCUGGACUGCUUCCAACUUCUAGAGAGAUGUAUCACGGGGAGCUCGCCGGCGUCUCCAGCUUUACAGAAGCGGACCUUGUUCGAUGUAAUGCGAGGUCUCAUAAACGAAGAGAUGUACCCCUCCGCUCUCAAUAUCGACUACGGCCAGCCAAUGCCGCCAAUUGACCAGUAUUGGAUAUGCCGUCCUGGCGAGGAACUCUUCGUCGCACAACCGACCGCAACUCUUAAGUCUAUGGAUUAUUUGAGAAGUGUGAUCUCAGGAAAAGCCUUCAAGCUUAAGGAUUCAACGCCUUCGUCUACGCCUUUACCAGGAGAUGGAGAUAACCCCCUCUGCCGCCUGCCCUACGACAUUAUCCACCGAAUAGUAUACUUCCUACCAACAAAAGACGUUGUAAACUUCACAAUGGCGUCUUCGUACGCGAGGGGAUUGCUUUUAGCCAACCGCACACUAUGGUGGAGCCGUAUGGCGGAUGACAUGCCGUGGUUCUACGAGCUGCCGGGGAUUGUAAAGGAAGUGGAGGAGACCAGGGGUGAAAAAGUGGAUCUCCGGCGAGUCUGGGUCUGGACACAGGAGGUGUCACGCCCUGUGCAGUUUAUACGCGGCCCGUUUAUGGGACUGGCUAACCGUCGUCGUAUUUGGACACCGUGUUCGGUCUUGGCUGAUCUAUAUCGCGCAAAAGUGCCUGACGACUGGGAUGGAGUGUCAGAACAGUCGGAGGAGCCGGAUGAAACAGAUUGGGAAGAUGAAGAGGAUGAGGAAGAGGAUGGGGAUGAAGACGGGAACAUCCCUGAUAGCGGAUACGAGGAGCGCGUCGCUCGCGUUGUUUGGGCAGCGCAUAUACUGUCUUAUUUGACUCAGAAGCGCAACCACAUUGAGCUGUUGCAGCCUGGUGCUGCCGAAGAAGAAGAAGAAGAAAAAAAAGAAGAAGAAAAAGAACAAGAAGAAGAAGAAGAAGGGCUGGAGUAUCUGGACGCGGAAACCGAAAGAACCGUAAUUCUACAAGGAUCAAGAGAUUCGAUUCGCUCAAAAUUUCUUGAUUGCAUAGCCCAGCUAUUGUCGCCGUCCAAAGGCUGGGAGAGCGUUACGGCGACGGCGUUGCGCGAACACGAGGACUCUAUCGAGAUAGAUGUCACGAGAAAUGAUUGCUUUGGCAUAGCCAGAAGUUGCCGGCCUGACCAGCGUGUGUGCGAUUCCGGAACGGCCAAGACGGAUUAUUGCAGAGAGUUGAAGAACUACCUCUUCACUCAACAAGCGCCGUCGAGCGAGUUCGAGCGCCUCGCUAUAACAUAUACGGGCAGAAGGGUUGACCAUUGGGUGGAGCAACUCCGAGCCAUCCUUACCUUGUUGGAUCACCGGGACUGGAGCAACCACCGCUGGUAUAAAGGUCUGCUGGCAACCGAAACUUGGACAAACCUCACCGAGCUCCUCUGCAGAGGGGAUAGCGAAGUGACUACGUUUAGAGAACAGAUUGUCCGACAAGCCUACGAAUGCGUCGUAUCCACAGAGGUCCGUAGACUACUGCACAUGGCCUUCGAGUCCCGGAUUGGAUCGAAACUGUGGCGCGCUUUAAAGUUUGUUGCUAGACCUGUAGUAGACUGUCGAAUGUUAUGGUAUCUAGCAAACCAAUAUCCGCAGUUCCGCAAAGCCCAAAUUUUCCAGGUUCCUCCAAGGCCGAAAACAAGUAUCAGCUUCGAGUACCAGAUCGAUGUCUCCAAUGCGUGGGCUCAACUUAUUUCUGCUACGCCACCUAACUCCGAAGUGAGGAUGAUCGCUGCGUUUGCGGAGCAAUUUUGGCAAGACUGCGCGGAGCCUUUUAGCCUACAUGCUGAGAUCCAGCUCUUCAUGCAUUAUGAGGACAACCCAGAACUUACCCCGACUUUUUCCUACUUCGGCUGCAGCAAGAAAGCUUGUUUGCUAUGCGAAACCUUCCUCUAG